AUGAGUGAUGUCAUGUCUGAUAUUGCUAGUGAUGUAAUGGAUGCUGCUGAAGAUGAAAUCAAAGAUGGAUUAAAUGAUAUGGCUGAAGAUGCAAUUAACGGUGAAUUGGACGUAGGAAAGAGCAUGAAUGAUAUGGCAGACAAUAUAUUGGAAGGUGGUGCUGAAGCAAUAGUUGACAAUGCGUUCGAUAAACUGUACGACAGCUCUGAUGUUCCAAGCGAAGUUAACGAAGUUGUUGACGUUGUUAAAGACGAAGUGGGAGAUGCACUUGGAAAUGCAUUUGUAAGAGCCAAAGACGAGAUAGUUGAGGCGUGUUGCAGAGUUUGUUAA